ACUUGUGCAGGACUGCUGUUUAUAUUCACAACCCAUAUUUACGGUAAACUAGUCUUAAUAUCAAUCUUAUCAUAUUCAGAAACAUACCUUGGGUGAAAGAACGGUGUGGGAAAGGAAUUGAUUGAAUUUGCUAGAAGAAAAGGGUGUAAUUUGAGUUAAAUAAAGGAAUUGAAUAAACAACAGAAGUUACUCUUUGAAUAAAUCUGCCAUAAUGCUGGGUCCUUCUACGUCUAAUGAAAGAACAAGAGCAACAUCUCGCCAACAACAACAACAGCAGCAGCAGCAGCAGCAGCAGCAGCAGCAGUACCAACAGUAUCAGCAACAACAACAACAGGCUCCACCGCAAUACCAAGCUCAAUAUCAACAAUACCCGCCACCAACUCACCAUCAACAGCAACAACCACAACAACAUCAAAUAGCCCACGAUCCAAUUUCGGCAGCCACAGCUAUAGCCAUGGCCAAUGCCCGACACCAAGAGUAUAAUGCAGCAGCGGCCACCGCUGCUGCUGCUGUUUCAGCCUUAAGUCAUCAUCCAGACGACCCUAACCAGUUCAGCUCACAUAGUCACCACUUGAAUCCUCAGAUAUCACCAGCGGAGGCAGCUGCUCAAGCGGCUCAGUUGCAACAACAUCAAUUGAGCAGUAACCCACAAUUACAGCAGUUUCAGCAAGUUCAAGCCCAACAACUUGCCGCUGCCCAACAACAACAACAACAUCACCAACAACAGCAGCAUCAACAACAACAUCCGCUUCAUCAGGCACAAGAUCCGUAUCUGAUAACACCCAGCUCUGCUGAGCAACCAGAUUUUAAUGGCGGUAGCGUGUUGGUUUCUCGUUAUGCCGAUAAUGAAGUUAUCAAAACAUUUGGUUCAAAACCUGACUUGGUUAAAUAUGUUAAGAAUAUUUUAAGUGAUCAAGAACAAUGUAAAAUCGUUAUAAAUUCUUCUAAACCAAAAGCCGUUUAUUUCCAAUGUGAAAGGUCGGGAUCUUUCAGAACCACUGUUAAAGAACCUUCGAAGAGACAAAGAGUUGCUUAUACCAAAAGAAAUAAAUGCGGUUAUAGAUUAGUUGCCAAUUUAUAUCCUCCUAAAACUAAAAGAAUUCCUAAAAAACCUCAAAGUCCAGGUAUUCAACCUGAUUUUAGUGAUGGUAAUAUUGACGCUAAAAUAGAUACUUAUGAACAUCAAAUUCAUCACCCUGUUCAACAUCAACAUCAACAACAAAAUCCUGAUUACGAUGAUGGUGAAGAUGAAAUUUGGGUUUUGCGAAUGAUUCAUCCUGCUCAUAAUCAUCCUUUGGAACCAGGUUUAGCCACUGGUCAAGCUAAGAAAAAGAGAUCGAAAUUUAGUAGAACUCUAGUUGAAAAACCUUUAAACAGAACUAAUGGAACUGCUGCCGCUGCCGCCGCUGCUGUGGCACAAGCUUACAAUCCAAAUGAAUUACUUGAUCCUCAACAUCAAUUGGCUCAACACCACUUGGCCCAACAGCAAUUGCAGCAACAUCAAUACCAACAGCAAUUGGCCCAACAAGCCCAACAUCAUGGAUUAACCGCCACGGUGCCUCAUACUCAGCACCAUACUCACCAUGACUCUACUGCUCAUGGCGGUGGGCCAUCAGUUCAAGAUGUUGCUGUUAUUGCCGCCAUGGGCGGUGAUGCGUCUUCUGCUGCUGCUGCUGCUGCGUUACAUGAACAGCAUGUUGAUCCAAACAUUGAUCCUAAUGUUGACCCUAGUGUUCAAGAACAUGAUCAUUCACAUAGGUUGAGAUGAUUUUUUUGAAGAACAAUAAAAAAAGUUUGAAUGAAAUUCUAUACUGAAUUACCUCAUAUGAAACUUCAAAUUAUCUCCAAUCUAUGAUCCAAUUAUGAAUGAAAAUCUCAAGCCCAUAGAAAUGACACUUGUUCUGAGUUUAUGUUUCUGC